AUGAUGUUACCAUGGAAACAAAUUGUUCUGCUAUCAAUCACUGGAUGCCUUGCAGGUAAGAUAUUAUAUUUGAAGGAUGUCAUAUUUCAAGGGCCAAGAUGGAGGACGGAGCCAAGUGACCUCAUUUUACCGAUCAACUCCCCAGACCAGCAGGCUACUAUCACGUGCGAGGCAGAAGGAAGCCCUCCUCCGCAGUACAGAUGGUCACUAAACGGAACACUCAUUGAUCUGGGGAAUGACUACCGGCGUCACAUGUCUGGGGGCAGCCUGAUCAUUAGCAACCUGGACAAGGACCAAGACACUGGGGUAUACCAGUGCACCGCCUUCAACACGUGGGGGUCGAUCCUUAGCCGCAGAGCCAGCCUGCAAUUUGCAUAUCUUGAUAACUUCAAAACUCAAACGGCAAGGAGCGCUGUAAACGUCCGUGAGGGUCAAGGAGUGGUUUUGUUAUGUGGUCCGCCUGCACAUUCUGGAGAGCUGACAUUUGCAUGGAUCUUCAAUGAAUACCCGUACUUUGUCCAACAAGACAGUCGUCGAUUCAUCUCUCAAGAGACCGGGAGUCUGUACAUCGCAAAGGUGGAGCCCUCAGAUGUUGGCAACUACACCUGUGUGGUUAACAACACUGUCACGAGGGAGAAGGUGCUCAGCUCACCUACACUACUGGUCCUCAGAAGUGAUGGAGUAAUGGGUGAAUAUGAACCCAAAAUAGAAGUUCAUUUCCCUGAUUCAGUUCCAGCUGCGAAGGAAUCAGUGGUGAAACUUGAAUGCUUCGCUCUGGGAAACCCUGUCCCAGAAAUAAGCUGGAGGAGAACAAGCGGCAUCCCUUUCCCCAGCAAAGUCAAAAUGAAGAAUUCAAACGCUGUCCUCGAAAUCCCCAACUUCCAGCAGGAAGACGCAGGGAUGUAUGAAUGUAUGGCAGAGAAUCGGCGAGGCAAAAAUGCUGCACGGGGUCGUAUUUCAUUCCAUGCUAAACCGCACUGGCUCCAGACGACAACGGACACCGCUCUGUCCAUUGAGGAAAACCUCUUCUGGGAGUGCAAGGCCAAUGGAAAGCCUAAACCAUCCUACAACUGGCUGAAGAAUGGGGAGCAAGUGUUGCCUGAGGGCCGGAUACAAAUCGAAAAUGGGGCUCUUUCUAUAGCUGAGUUAAACCUGUCAGAUUCCGGGAUGUAUCAGUGUGUGGCUGAAAACAAAUAUGGCAUUAUUUAUUCCAGUGCCCAACUAAUGGUGUUAGCUUCACCUCCCAGUUUCUCCAAAAGUCCAUUAAGGGCCUUGCUAAAAGCUCGCUCAGGUAGCGAAGUCACUCUUGAAUGCAAGCCUCAAGCCUCGCCCCCAGCAAUUAGCCUGUGGAAAAAAGGGAAUGAGAUCCUGCAGAGAACUGAAAGGAUUAAUUUGCUUCCCAAUGGGACAUUAAAGAUCACCAAUGUAACCAGAAGGGAUGCAGCCAGCUACACGUGCAUCGCUAAGAAUCAGUUUGGGACAGCAAGCACAACUGGGAAGCUUCUUAUCACUGAGCCCACCAGAAUCACCAUGAGGCCUACUAACAUGGAGAUCAUCGUUGGUGAGAGCAUCGUGUUACCCUGCCAGAUUGCCUGUGAUCCAGCCCUGGAUGUCUCUUUCUCGUGGGCAUUCAAUGGUCAGCUCAUCGACUUCCAGCGAGACAGCGAUCAUUUCGAAAGAGUGGGUGGGACUAUAUCGGGGGAUCUGAUGAUUCGUAACAUCCAGCUGAACCAUGGAGGGAAAUAUGUCUGCGUUGUUGACACUGAUGUGGAGAGCCUGUCCACCUCUGCCAUCUUGGUUGUCAAAGGUCCGCCAGGUCCUCCGGACAAGGUAGCAGUGGAGGAGAUCACAGACAGCACAGCCCAGCUUUCCUGGACUCCCGGAAGGGAUAACGGCAGCCCCAUCACCGGCUACAUCCUUCAGGCCCGAACACCUUUCACUGUGGGCUGGCAGGCUGUUGACACAGUGCCUGAGGUGGUCAACGGUAACAUGCUGACAGCCACAGUGGUGGGUCUUAACGCCUGGGUGGAGUAUGAGUUCAGGGUGGUGGCCCGCAAUACUGUAGGCCUAGGAGAGCCCAGCCCAGCCUCAGCCAAGACCAGGACAGAGGAUGCCAUUCCUGAUACAGCUCCCACUGAUGUCGGAGGUGGAGGCGGCACAAAGUCUGAAUUAGUGAUAACAUGGGAGCCUGUUACCGAGGAACUGCAGAACGGAGAGGGCUUUGGCUACAUCAUCGCCUUCAGGCCUGUGGGCACGGUCACGUGGACGCGAGCUGUUAUCUCCACACCCGGCGUGGCCCGUUACGUCUUCCGCAACGACACCAUCCCACCCUUCUCGCCUUUUGACGUGAAAGUCGGGGCUUACAACAAUCGAGGGGAGGGGCCCUUCAGCUCUAUUGCCACCGUGUACUCCGCAGAGGAAGUCCCCAGUGUGGCUCCUAAGAGGGUUAGGACUAGAAGUGUGUCUGCAGUGCAAAUUGAAGUGAUCUGGGAAGCUCUCCCCACCAUCCCUGAAAGAGUACUGGGAUACGAGGUUGUGUACUGGGAAGACGACACCAAGCCUGACACUGUUGGCAAAGUGCGCAUAUCUGGAAACUACACACUGGUUAACAUCACGGGGCUAAAGGCAAACACAGUGUACUACCUCUCUGUGGCUGCUUUCAAUACGGCUGGCCCCGGGCCACAGUCAGCGCCCAUCAACACCACCACAAAGAAACCACCUCCAGAUCGGGCUCCACUCAACAUACAAUGGACCACGAAUGGCUCCACCCUCACGCUGCAGUGGGAUCCUGUAGUAGCUAUGGAGACCGAGUCAAAGGUCACUGGAUAUGUGGUGCUGCUGAAGAGGCAUCGCUACAAUGACAUCAACACUAUCUUGACCAACAAAACCACUGUGGAGCUCAGCCUCUCUGCCAAUGACAACUAUCUCAUUCAGAUUAAGGCCAAGAGUGAGGGCGGCGAAGGUGUGGGCAGUGAACCAAUCCACAUCCAUAAAUUAAACAUGGGUGCACGCGGCUCAGGAGUGAUCCGCCUCAGCCCAUUCUUCCCCUCUACAGUUCUCAUCAGUGCAUUGCUCUGCUCCGUCUGGUGAUGUCUAAUCAGAGCCUGUGGAGUACCCUCCCUCCCCCUCCAUUCCUGCAGUCAGCCUGUCCACGUAAACCCUCCACUGGACUGGCACAAGGCCCAGGCUUCGGUGACAGGGCUGGGAAAGACUGGAAAGGACUAGAGUGCGCUGAACUCUUAAAGGGACCAUGCCGUUUUCUUUUAAACGACUAUUAGUAGAAAUGUGCAUGAUAUCGUUUUGAUAUUUUUUCCAGUGUCAUAAGUGCCACCAUGCUCUAGGUUUCAUUUUAGUUAUGUUAUGACGUCUACAUGACUCAUCUUAUUAGUAUCUUUGGAGAUACUUCUGCCUUAAAACCCAUCUUACACAUAUAGUCCAUACCAAAGUAGGUGACAGAGCAUGCUUUAUGGUUUCUUUCACCAUAUAUAAAAACAUCUUGCAAAAAACUGUAUUAACAAGAUUUUAUCUUCUGAAGGUCGACUUCUCAGUAGGUGGUUGCAUCCAUAUUUUAUUGUCUCAAAAAGGAUCUUAGAACAAUCUCCACAUUUAUAAAUUUUGUUGCAGCUUUUGCCAAAAGAGACAUUCAUUGCAGGCUAUUACCAGGCCUUUCUUUAUGAAAGAUGCACAGCAAAAUGAUCAACUGUGCCUCAAACCCACUUAUCUCGGUGUACUGAAAUAAUAUUAGGUCCAUCUGAGAGCCACAGACUCCUGAGCUUAAGGCCCUUUCUACAAUACUGUGAUAGAUCCUGGAAUUUUGCUAUUUAUCUCAUGCUCCUCUAAAUAAUAAAUGCCUAUCACACACGGCAUUCUCAGUCUAGCAAAAAAAGACGGAAUUGAAGAGAAUAGAGAUGUGUGGUGUUUCUAAGUCAAGCAGAUCCCAUGUGUGCUGUUCCUCCUCUACAUUUAGAUGACCUGUGUUCUAGAUAUGUAUAUCAUUUCACAGAACAUGUAUUAUCUACACCCUAGAUGACCAGCUGGCUCAGUGCGCAGUGGACUACAGGAUAACAGUGCCUUCACUAGAGCUCACUUAAUUUUUUCUCUUUAUUUUCUUUUUCGAUAACUUAGGAGACAGUUUCAUGUUGCAGAAGUGGCAUUGUUUGCUUUUCUUUCCAAAGAAAUUGGUUAGAAAGGACAGGAAACUCAGAAUGUAGAGGGAGCCCAUUAUUGGAAGUGGUAUGUUGAUUAGAUUUUCACUGAGACUAGAACACCGGAGCACCUAAGACAAAAAGGAUUGGAGGCUUUAGGAAAGCCGCAAUGGAUUGAGAUAUAUAGCAGAAAAUUUGGUCCCAGUAUUUAUGGUCCACGGUAUAACAAAUGUAUGACUCCA